AUGGCAGGUAACAAGGAUCUCAAAAUGAAAGGUCAACUGAUGGAGGAAAAAGAAGAAACUGUGAAGGAGGCUUACCAGAGGGGUAGGUUCGAGAUCAUGCAGCAUUAUAGGGCUAUGAUGGUGAUGUAUCGUGACCAGACUAAAGCUAUUGAGGCAAGACACCAGGAUGAACUCAAUAAGGUUCGCAUUGAGGCGAAACUUGACUUGCUUGAAGAAUGUGAAGCUCUUUUUUCCAUGUACCAUGAAAAGAAGAAGACAGAGUUCAAACUGGUCCUUGCCGAAGCCAAACUUGAAGAUGUUCAGGUUUCUACUAUCGAUUGGUUCAAGCUGGGUGAGCCAAUGAUGUAUGACUGA